AUGGCUCUCUUAACACCGCUUGACAGCCCCGCGGGCGCCGUCAGGUCGCUGUGCAUUAUCUAUGUGAUUCGGACUUUAUCAUUAUUGCUUUUAGCCUGGUCUACGACUUUUUUGUUCCCGUCGUUUUCACCACUAGGGUAUGAUACCAGCUCGACGCACGUCACUGGGGAUGGUAAUCUUAUUGGUGAAGAUGGUUAUAUUACGACAAGUUUCGUUGAGAGGUUGGUUACUACGUUGACAAGGUGGGAUGCAAUCUAUUUCACGAGUAUAGUAAAGAACGGACAUCGUUGGGAACAAGAGUGGGCGUUUGGGGUCGGACAGUCGUAUUUGGUACAUGGAUUCCAAUGGAUCCUGAACCUUUUCGGAGACUUUGAGAUGAGUCCUUCAUCUCAGAUUCUAUUCCUCUCCGUCUGCUCAUGUGGAUCUCAUCUUGUCUCUGCGGUCGUGCUUUACCACCUGACAACAGUUUUGUUCGAGACGGCUCGACCAAAGGGGGCUUCUACCCUUGGCAGUGGGGAAACCCCGAAGAUAGUUGCAUUUGUCGCUGCGACAUUACAUAUUCUUUCACCCGCGGGCAUAUUUCUCAUCGCACCGUACAAUGAACCGGUAUUUUCGGUUCUAUCGUUUUUGGGAUAUUAUCUCUACAGCUAUGCGAUCAAGAAUACGGCUAUUGACGGCCAGCACGGGUUGAUUAACGAAGUCUUUUUGUUACUUUCGGGACUAUUGUUUGGGGUUUCGGGGCUCUUUCGUUCGAAUGGGAUUAUUAAUGGGGUACUCUUUGUUUUUGAGGUUCUGCAGUCAUUUUGGAGGUUGACGUCGGGGACAAAUCCCGCGGCGAAUAUUCGGUUGUUCUUCGUCAGUGGGAUUUCUGGGGCUUUAGUAGGAAUACCGAUGGUCUGGAGGCAGUAUCAAGGAUGGUCAGAGUACUGUACUACGGAAUCUUCGAUCCAGAGGGUAUGGUGCUCGAAGACGUUACCAUCCAUCUACAGCUUUGUCCAGAGUCAUUACUGGGGCGUCGGCCUUUUAAAAUACUGGACACCAGGGAACAUCCCACUCUUCCUACUUGCGGCACCGACACUAUACGUCCUAUUCAGAACCUCACUGAACGUCAUAAAUGUCCAAACACCCAUUUCAACCCGUCUUUAUUCCCUAGACCUCAAAUAUACAAAUAAGGACCUUCUAUUCCGCUUGACGCUGCCACAACUUCUACUAGCAGUUUUGGCUGUUACGAAUUACCACGUACAAAUUAUUGCUAGGUUGAGUAGCGGAUUACCUAUUUGGUACAUCGUGGCAGCUGCGGCUCUCGUUCAAACGGCGACAACAGGAACCAAAGCAUCUGAAUCUAAAGAAUCAUCUAAAUUAAACGAAGGUGGCAAAGCCACAGACGAAGCUUUGAGCGCUGAGGCGAGUUGGGUUCGACCUGCGGUACGGUUCUUUUUGGGAUAUCAGGUGGUACAGGCAGUGCUUUAUGGUGGCUUCCUACCACCCGCAUGA